GGGGCGGAGGCGGCCCGGCCCUACAGGCUCCAUUUUGCGAGUGCGGAGGCAGUGAAUUGACGGCUCAGAAUGUCAUACCCAGGCUAUCCCCCUUCAGGCUAUCCUGCUUUCCCUGGAUAUCCCCCUACAGGACAAGAGUCUGUUUAUCCACCUGCUGGUCAAUAUCCCUAUCCUGCUGUUCCCGGAGGCUUCCCUCCUGUGGGAGGCGGUGCAUAUCCUGCAGCGCCACCAAGUGGUGGGUUCCCAGGAGCUGCAGGAUACCCUGCGCCUGGAGGCUACCCUGGAGCUCCCCAACCUGGGGGGGGCUACCCUGGAGCUCCCCAACCUGGGGGGAUGCCAUCUUAUCCUGGAGCUCCUACAGGUCCUGGGUUUGGUGUCCCCCCUAAUGGAUCUGGCUUUGGUGGUUAUCCUCAACCUCCAUCUCAAACCUAUGUGGGAGGUGGACCAGCACAAAUACCAGUGGGAUACCCUAGUGGACAAGUACCUUCCCCAAUGCCUAGUCAGCCUGCAGCAAUGACUCAAAGUACCCAGGGCACAAUUCGAGCUGCGCCCAACUUUGAUGCUGGGAGGGAUGCAGAAAUACUGCGCAAGGCUAUGAAGGGAUUUGGAACGGAUGAGCAGGCUAUCAUUAAUGUUGUGUCCAAUCGCUCCAGCGAUCAAAGGCAAAAAAUCAAGGCAGCUUUCAAGACUAUGUAUGGCAAGGAUUUAAUUAAAGAUCUGAAAUCUGAACUAAGUGGAAACAUGGAAGAACUGAUAUUAGCCUUGUUCAUGCCACCUACCUAUUAUGAUGCCUGGAGUUUACGUCAUGCAAUGAAGGGAGCUGGCACUCAGGAGAGAGUGUUGAUUGAGAUUCUUUGUACAAGGACGAACCAGGAAAUUCGAGACAUAGUCAGGACUUACAAAACAGAAUUUGGAAGAGACAUUGAACAGGAUAUCAGAGCAGAUACCUCAGGACACUUUGAACGAUUACUUGUAUCUAUGUGCCAGGGCAAUCGGGAUGAGAAUCAAUCAGUGAACUACCAAAAAGCUCAGGAAGAUGCUCAGCGCCUCUACCAAGCUGGUGAAGGGAAACUUGGAACUGACGAGUCUUGCUUUAACAUGAUUCUGGCAACUAGAAGUUUCCCCCAGCUAAAAGCUACAGUUGAAACAUAUUCUAAGAUUGCCAAUCGUGAUCUGUUAAGCAGCAUUGGCCGGGAGUUUUCUGGAAAUGUAGAAGAUGGCUUGAAGACUAUCGUGCAAUGUGCUCUAAAUCGUCCGGCCUUUUUUGCUGAGAGACUUCACCAUUCCAUGAAAGGAGCUGGCACAGAUGAUUCUACACUUGUCAGAAUUAUAGUCACUCGCAGUGAGAUUGAUCUUGUACAGAUCAUGCAGCUGUUCACGCAGAUGUACCAGAAGACUUUGGCUACAAUGAUAUCAAGUGACACAAGUGGUGACUACAGGAAGUUGCUGCUGGCAAUCGUUGGUCAAUAGAAAAGAUUUACAUUUUAACAAAGUGAAGGACAUGUAACGAGCUUAUUAGGGAGACAAAUAACUAGCCUUGCAUGUAACAAAGAAUGAUUUUCAAUAUUGCAUAACCAAAUAUGCCUUCUUAAUUAUGAAUGAUUUAAGAGUUUUUAUUUUGCACAUAUAGUUGCCUUCAUUUAGAGCACAUUUAUACUUUACUAUCUAAAAAUAAGAUGUAUCUACUGUCAUUUACCUGAAGUGUCAGUGUCAUUUUUGACCCACAGAAAAUACUACUGAGAUGCCACAUUAAAUUACUUCCUUCAAACAGCCA